AUGGAUUAUCGUGCAGCAAAAUCUGGCUUUGCGCGUGAAGUCCAACAGCGGAUUUCCGAAAAGUACAAUGCUGAGGAUGCAGGAAAAGCUCUCCGAUGGAUCAGGACGUUACCCGUCCCCGCCGGUAUGCCGGAUGUGCUAAAAGAGGCUGCUGAAAAGAUUCCAGCCGAAAUAAGUACUGCCCAACCGGACGAAUUCUAUGAAUAUCUCAAGGACGGUCUUGCGUUGGGCUACCUCAUCGGAUGUCUAAAACCGAACGAAGUGAGCACCCGAUUGGGCACAAAGUGUUGGACCGUCGCCACCUCGCCCAUAUUUGAAACCAACCGACAACGUGAACGGAUUGGUGCCUUUUUAAAGUUCUGUGAAGAGACUGGUGUUGGUUCAGCAUCCGUGUUCCAAACGGAUCAGCUCUUCGAGAAAACGAAUCUUCCCCAAGUGGUCAUUUGUCUGACCCAAUUAGGAAUUGAGGCACAAGCGAAGGAGGGUUACCCCGGCCCUCAGGGGUACUGGCUACAAAAGCAUCAAGCAAAUAAACGCAACUUCACAGAGGAGCAAUUGAAGGGUGGUGAUACCGUCAUCGGUCUGCAGAUGGGUUACACUGGCGGGGCCAACCAAUCAGGCGUUUCCUUUGGCGCUCACCGCCAUGUGAUGGAUAUGCAUUGA